AUGUCGCUGAGAAGAUCUUUUCUCUCACGGCGGAUCAUUCACCGUUCCUUCGGAAUUUCAAAAUCGUGCCAGGAAAAAUGCGAUUCUCCAUGUCCGCCGUCGGUUUGCUUCGGCGAACACGGUCGCGGUCUCGAUGGGGGGGACGACAAAGAGGAAGGAGGUGAUGACGGCGGUUGUCGCGACAGCGGUAGACGGAAGCAGCUUCAGAAUCACGGCGGCGUCGUUUCGAUGGAUGAAUCCGGGUCAGGAGAGUCGGGUUCGUGGGCGGGCAUGCUGCCGGAGCUGCUGGGGGAAAUAAUGCAGCGGGUCGAGGCGAGCGAGGAGAAAUGGCCCCAGCGGCAGAACGUCGUCGCGUGCGCCUGCGUCUGCAAGCGGUGGAGGGAGGCGGCGAGGGAGGCCGUUGAGAGGGCCGCCGUCAAUGAGCCGGGAAAGAUCACGUUCCCUUCGGCCCUAAAAAAGCAAGGUCCACAGGAUUCUCCAGUUCAAUGUCUUAUAAAACGUGACAAGAAGAAUGCAACAUUUUAUCUUUAUCUUGCUCUCUCACCAUCAUUCACAGACAAAGGAAAGUUUCUCCUAGCCGCACGUAGAUACAGAAGUCGUGCCCACACUGAAUACAUUAUAUCACUCGACGCCAGUGAUCUAUCUCAAGGAAGUAAAGCUUAUGUUGGAAAACUGAGGUCUGAUUUCCUCGGCACAAACUUCACAAUUUAUGACAGCCUGGCGCCCCACAGCCGGGCCAAGCCGUCCAGCAGCCGGGCCUGCCGCCGGAUUGCGAGCAAACAGAUAAGCCCACAAGUCCCGGCCAGCAACUUCGAGGUGGGCCACGUCUCGUAUAAAUUCAACCUCCUCAAAUCGAGGGGCCCAAGGCGGAUGGUGUGCUCCAUCACAUGCCCACCAUCCGAAGAAAAAAAUAAUCCUGAAGGCCCAAUAUCACCCUCUGCAGUUGGGCCUACAGUGGUCUUAAAAAACAAGGCCCCGAGAUGGCACGAGCACUUGGAGUGUUGGUGUUUGAAUUUUCACGGUCGGGUUACAGUUGCCUCGGUUAAGAAUUUCCAAAUGGCUGCAACUAAUGAUGAGGAGACUGUGCUUUUGCAGUUUGGGAAAGUAGGGGACGACACUUUCACGAUGGAUUACCGGAAGCCCUUGUCUGCUUUUCAGGCGUUUGCUAUUUGUCUCACGAGUUUCGGGACGAAGCUGGCCUGCGAGUAA